CCCAGUAAAGUCUAUGGAGGAUCUCAACCAGAGGUCUAAGUGACGCAGGGCGCGUAGGAGGACGAAAAAGACAUCCAUCGGCACGACGUGGUUCGAAUUCGGCACCGAUUUCUUCUUGCAACCGUCCACGCCGCCAUCAUCGUCUCCGUUGACCGCUCCCGCAUAUGUCUAUCUUCAUCCCAUCCUUUUGACUCCAUCUAUCACUACUAGCCGAUGAAAACUGACCGGGCAACAUCGUGAGUGACUCCUCUAUUGCAAGGCCAUCUCUUCAGAUCGCUUGUAGUUCAGACCUUCGGUGAUUCUCCUGCGUGAACUCGUGUGUUUUAGUGCAACAAUGGCGGUAGCUUGCCCUGCGCUUCAACGCCCACUGUCAAUGUGUGCCAUUAGUGAUCGGACUUCGUUCAAGGUUCUGGGAAUGCCAAAAAUCUCUUCUUUUGCAAACCCAGUUUACUCCACGAGACUGACAUGCAGAAGCAGGGCAGGGGAAAACGCUUCUCUUGUACCUGCAGUUAGUAUGGCCGGUGUUGACAACUCCACUAGGGAAGUUAUGCCUUUUAAUGAGCUGAUUGAGUCCUUGAUCAAUCGGGUGGAUUUAUCAGAAUCUGAAGCUAAAGCGGCCCUGGAGUACUUACUGAACGAUGCUGAUGAGGCUCUGAUAAGUGCGUUCCUUGUGCUUCUAAGAGCCAAAGGAGAGACAUAUGAAGAGGUUGUGGGCCUUGCAAGGGCGAUGCUCAACCAUGCAACCAAGGUGGAAGCGGUGGUUGAUGCGGUUGACAUUGUAGGAACAGGUGGAGAUGGGGCAAAUACAGUGAACAUCUCCACAGGGUCAUCCAUACUUGCUGCAGCUUGUGGUGCUCCAGUUGCCAAGCAAGGCAACCGCUCAAGUUCAUCAGCAUGUGGAAGUGCUGAUGUGCUAGAAGCUUUGGGAGUAGCUAUUGAUUUGGACCCCGUGGGGGUGAGAAGGUGUCUAGAUGAAGUUGGAAUUGGUUUUAUGAUGGCGCCAAAGUACCACCCGGCAAUGAAGAUUGUUAGAUCUGUCAGGAAAAAGCUCAAAGUAAAAACAGUAUUCAAUAUUUUGGGGCCCAUGUUGAAUCCUGCACGGGUGCCUUAUGCGGUUGUAGGCGUGUAUACAGAAGACUUGGUUUUGAAAAUGGCCAAAGCACUACAACAAUUUGGCAUGAAAAGAGCACUAGUCGUUCACUCUGAAGGCUUAGAUGAAAUGAGUCCACUUGGACCUGGGCUGAUCCUUGACGUUACUCCUGAAAAGAUUGAGAGAUUCUCAUUUGAUCCACUGGAAUUAGGCAUUCCUCGCUGCACUCUAGAUAACUUGCGAGGAGGCGGCCCAGACUACAAUGCAGAAGUACUAAAACGGGUACUAGCUGGGGAGAAAGGGUCGAUAGCUGAUGCCUUGAUACUAAAUGCAGCAGCAGCUCUUUUGGUCAGCAACCGUGUGAACAGUUUGGCCGAAGGAGUGAUAUUGGCUCGCGAGACAUUAUCAUCAGGAAAAGCACUCGAGAAACUUGAUUCGUGGAUAAAAAUCUCUAAUGAAUGUGGUCAGAAUUGAAUUUUGCUGUGAAUCAUGCCAUGAUUGAAUAGCAAGUGUAGUUUUCAUCUCCUAUUCUUGAUGAGCAAAGCAUGAAAAAAUGGU